AUGCUCACGGUUACCGUGAAUUCUGGGGGUGUAGUAUUUUUUGCGCUAUUCAACCAACCUGAAAAUGAUGAAUCUUCCCCAGAGGAAGCAGCAGCUGUUAUCAAGAUAUCAUCUUCAAGGAUGGCCACACAAUCAGAACGCCUUGGCUAUGAAUUCGCAAAAUGGCUAGGUGUCCGAACUCCGCAAGUUGUACCUAUGUACUUCAUCAGUUAG